AUGGCGACUGUCAUUCACAACCCCCUGAAAGCGCUUGGGGACCAGUUCUACAAGGAAGCCAUUGAGCACUGCCGGAGUUAUAACUCUCGCCUGUGUGCAGAGCGCAGCGUGCGUCUCCCGUUUCUAGACUCACAGACGGGGGUGGCCCAGAACAACUGCUACAUCUGGAUGGAGAAGAGGCACCGAGGCCCAGGCCUCGCCCCAGGCCAGCUGUACACAUACCCUGCUCGCUGCUGGCGUAAGAAGAGACGAUUGCACCCGCCUGAGGAUCCGAAGCUGCGGCUGCUGGAAAUCAAACCCGAAGUGGAGCUGCCCCUGAAGAAGGAUGGGUUCCCCUCAGAAAGCACCACCCUGGAAGCCUUGCUCCGCGGUGAGGGGGUUGAGAAGAAGGUGGACACCAGGGAGGAGGAAAACAUCCAGGAAAUACAGAGGGUUUUGGAAAAUGAUGAAAACGUAGAAGAAGGAAAUGAAGAAGAGGAUUUAGAAGAGGAUAUUCCCAAGCGGAAGAAUCGGACCAGAGGACGGGCCCGCGGCUCUGCAGGUGGCAGGAGGAGACACGACGCCUCCUCUCAGGAAGACCACGACAAACCUUACGUCUGUGACAUCUGCGGCAAGCGCUACAAGAACCGGCCCGGACUCAGCUACCACUACGCUCACACUCACUUGGCCAGCGAGGAGGGGGAUGAGGCCCAAGACCAGGAGACCCGGUCCCCACCCAGCCACAGAAACGAGAACCACAGGCCCCAGAAAGGACCGGAUGGGACAGUCAUUCCCAAUAACUACUGUGACUUCUGCCUGGGGGGUUCUAACAUGAACAAGAAGAGUGGGAGGCCGGAAGAGCUGGUGUCCUGCGCAGACUGUGGACGCUCUGCUCAUUUGGGAGGAGAAGGCAGGAAGGAGAAGGAGGCAGCGGCUGCAGCACGCACCACGGAGGACUUAUUCGGUUCCACGUCGGAAAGUGACACCUCAACUUUCCACGGCUUUGAUGAGGACGAUUUGGAAGAGCCUCGCUCCUGCCGAGGACGCCGCAGUGGCCGGGGUUCGCCCACAGCAGAUAAAAAGGGCAGUUGCUAAACGCACGGAACGGACUC